GGGAAUUACUUCAGCAGUGUUCCAUUUCUUUCACUUUCUUCGGUCGGCUCGAUCACCCGGUCUCUGUUGCUCUGGUGGACUCGAGUCGGUGGUGUCCAAUCUGCGACACGGUCAUCUUUCAACGGUCUUUAAGGCAAAGAAGUGAUCUGCAGCAGACAGUUUUAUAUCGCGUGUUGCGCUGCACGCAACGAUUGCAGGAUUACUAUAGAAACGGGAAGCAAUAGUUGAAGUCAUAGUUUGCUGUGAGUGUUUUUUUAUUCAAGUGUUGUUAGGACAGUGUACGUUACAAUGGUAACUCGAUUCGAAGAAUAGGUUCGAGCACGAUCGAACGCACGCCGGAACAUUCGCAGCGAGAUGGAACUCCAUUUGAUGAUAUCCAAACUGAUCACAUUCAGUUGUCUCGUACAGCUGUCAACCUGCCUGCCCUUUUCCUUUCCCGACGGCAGUAGAAGCGCCUCCAGCACAUCGACCGCCCAACGACGCCAGGAAGCAUUCGAAGGGCGAAGCAUUCGUGGGAACGGCGGCGGAUCGUCCAGCAAAAAUCAAUUUCCCGACAUUUACAGCCGCUACCAGGUGCACGAGAAUGAUCCCGAUCCACCGGGAGUAAGACCAACGGCAGGCCCGUUUCUUGAUCGACCAGGAUCGAUUACACCACCACCGCCCCGCUACACAACACGUUCCGAUCGUCCCAAUGCGUCGUUCAAUCGUUUACCGCCCACGAAAAACGAUGAACCGAUUCAGGCCGAACCGGCCAUAGACUAUGACGAUGGGGAUGAAGAGGACGUUGGGGAGGAAGAGGAACAACCCGACAAACCGGUGACCGCAGCCUCUGCUCCACUAUACAGACCUCCGGUGGGAAGUUACGGUGGAGGUGGCUCCAACACGUUCAACAAUAUUUUUACUGGCUUUAACGACAAGUUUGGAGGUGGAUUGGGCGGUGGACUCACCUCGUUGUUCGGGGAAAACAGACACAAGUUCAAGUUGAAACGACGUAAGCCGGGCCAACCCUGCAUCCCUUACAGUUUGUUCCACAAGCUCCGGUAUGGGCGAGAUCUGCAGGGUAAUCCGGUCGAUCCAAAAACGCUGCUACCGCAUCUGAACCUUGUCCUGGCGGAUGUGAACUAUUUCGCGCCAAACAAUAACUAUGGUGGUGGCGGUGGUGGUGGCAGUGUUGAUUUCCAUUCAGACACUGGGACUGGUGGGGCUGUGUUUAACAACCACUUCUACGAUGCCGUUGGCGGAUAUCCUUGCCAGGGUGUAUCGUUCGGCGGUGGAUUGCCACACAAACCUUUCAAACCGCACCGACCACACGGUGGACCGUUAGGGUUCUUCGGACAGGGUGGUCUGUUCGAUUGGGUAUCGUCGGCGGAUCAGGUGCAGGGUGAUGAAGGUGUUGGCGAAACGGGAGGCACCAGUGGCAAUCGGCCAACCGUAGUGUUUAAUCUGAACGAUGCGAUCGAUAGUGUGGCUACCAACUGGAGACCGGGUGAAAGCUUCCAAAUGAUGAUGGGAGUCAUCGCGAACUUUAUCACACAGGUCGCAGGAACGGCGGCAGCCCCGGUAGCCGACGUUGCGACCGAUGUACGAAAAAUUAAUCGCGAAUUCUUUAGUUUGUUUGGUUGAAAGACCGUUGUUAAAGUUUGUAGAGGUUAAGGAAAGAAAAUACCAUGACAUAAGGAGAAGAUAAUAAAAUGGAUGCAUGUGUUUGCAGUUUGA